GCCUCCAGCUGGGGCUGGGGAGAGGGGGUGGAGAGGUGCGGCCCCCCCACGCCCCUUUGGGGUGGGGGGCGCGGGCUCGGCGUCCCGAGGACCCAGGAAUGCCCCCCCGCCAGCCCCCUCGGCCGGCGGGGGGAGGGCUCAGCCGGGAGUUUGGCAAACUCCUCCCCGCGUUGAGUCAUUCGCCUCUGGGAGGUUUAGGAAGCGGCUCCGGGUCGGUGGCCCCAGGACAGGGAAGAGCUGGCGCUAUGGGGAGCCGGACGCCAGGGUCCCCACUCCACGCGGCGCGACUGCGCUGGGGUCCCCGGCGCCGAGCCCAGCUGCCGCUGCUGCUGCCGCCCUUGCUCCCGCCGCUGCUGCUGCUGCUGCUGCUGCCGCCGCCACCCAGGGUCGGGGGCUUCAACUUAGACGCAGAGGCCCCAGCAGUGCUCUCUGGGCCCCCGGGCUCCUACUUCGGCUUCUCAGUAGAGUUUUACCGGCCAGGAACAGACGGGGUCAGUGUGCUGGUGGGAGCACCCAAGGCCAACACCAGCCAGCCUGGAGUGCUGCAGGGUGGUGCCGUCUACUUCUGUCCUUGGGCUGCCAGCCCUGCACAGUGCACCCCAAUCGAAUUUGACAGCAAAGGCUCCCGGAUGCUGGAGUCCAGUACAGAGGGAGAGGAGCCUGUGGAAUAUAAGUCCUUGCAGUGGUUCGGAGCGACCGUUCGAGCCCAUGGCUCCUCCAUCUUGGCAUGUGCUCCACUGUACAGCUGGCGCACAGAGAAGGAGCCACUGAGUGACCCUGUGGGCACCUGCUACCUCUCCACGGAUAACUUCACCCGCAUUCUGGAGUAUGCACCCUGCCGCUCAGAUUUCAGCUGGGCAGCAGGGCAGGGUUACUGCCAAGGGGGCUUCAGUGCCGAGUUCACCAAGACUGGCCGUGUGGUCCUGGGUGGACCAGGGAGCUAUUUCUGGCAAGGCCAGAUCCUGUCUGCCACUCAGCAGCAGAUUGCGGAGUCCUAUUACCCAGAGUACCUGAUCAACCUGGUUCAGGGGCAGCUGCAGACUCGACAGGCCAGCUCCAUCUAUGAUGACAGUUACCUGGGAUACUCUGUGGCUGUGGGUGAAUUCAGUGGUGAUGACACAGAAGACUUUGUCGCUGGUGUGCCCAAAGGGAACCUCACCUAUGGCUACGUCACUAUCCUUAAUGGAUCAGAUAUCCGAUCUCUCUACAACUUCUCAGGGGAACAGAUGGCCUCCUACUUUGGCUAUGCAGUGGCUGCCACUGACGUCAAUGGAGAUGGGCUGGAUGACCUACUAGUGGGGGCACCCCUACUCAUGGAGCGGACAGCUGAUGGGCGGCCUCAGGAAGUGGGCAGAGUGUAUGUAUACCUGCAGCACCUGGCUGGCAUAGAGCCCACACCCACCAUUACCCUCACUGGCCAUGAUGAAUUUGGCAGAUUUGGCAGCUCCUUGACCCCCUUGGGGGACCUGGACCAGGAUGGCUACAAUGAUGUGGCCAUUGGGGCUCCCUUUGGUGGGGAAACCCAGCAGGGGGUAGUUUUUGUAUUCCCUGGGGGCCCAGGAGGACUGGGCUCUAAGCCUUCCCAGGUUCUGCAGCCCCUGUGGGCAACUGGGCAUGCCCCAAACUUCUUUGGCUUUGCUCUUCGAGGAGGCCGAGACCUGGAUGGCAACGGAUACCCUGAUCUGAUUGUGGGGUCCUUUGGCGUGGACAAGGCUGUUGUAUACAGGGGUCGCCCCAUCGUGUCUGCCAGUGCCUCCCUCACCAUCUUCCCCGCAAUGUUCAACCCAGAAGAACGCAGCUGCAGCUUGGAAGGGAACCCUGUAUCCUGUAUCAACCUUAGCUUCUGCCUCAAUGCUUCUGGAAAACAUGUCCCCAACUCCAUUGGCUUUGCGGUGGAGCUCCAGCUGGACUGGCAGAAGCAGAAGGGAGGGGUACGGCGGGCACUCUUCCUGGCCUCCAGACAGGCGACACUGACCCAGAUACUGCUCAUCCAGAAUGGGGCCCGGGAGGACUGCAGAGAGAUGAAGAUCUACCUCAGGAAUGAGUCAGAAUUCCGAGAUAAACUCUCCCCCAUUCACAUCGCCCUCAACUUCUCCUUGGACCCUCAAGCCCCCGUGGACAGCCAUGGCCUCCGGCCCGUCCUACAUUACCAGAGCAAGAGCCGGAUAGAAGAUAAGGCUCAGAUCUUGCUGGACUGUGGAGAAGACAACAUCUGUGUGCCUGACCUACAGCUGGAAGUAUUUGGGGAGCAAAACCACGUGUACCUAGGUGACAAGAAUGCCCUGAACCUGACUUUCCACGCCCAGAAUGUGGGUGAAGGAGGUGCCUAUGAGGCUGAGCUUCGGGUCACAGCCCCUCCAGAGGCUGAGUACUCAGGACUUGUCAGACACCCAGGGAACUUCUCCAGCCUGAGCUGUGACUACUCUACCGGGAACCAGAGCCGCCUGCUGGUGUGCGACCUAGGCAACCCCAUGAAGGCAGGAGCCAGUCUCUGGGGUGGCCUUCGGUUCACCGUCCCUCACCUACAAGACACAAAGAAAACCAUCCAGUUUGACUUCCAGAUCCUCAGCAAGAAUCUCAACAACUCACAGAGCGAUGUGGUCUCCUUCCAGCUCUCUGUUGAGGCUCAGGCCCAGGUCUCCCUUAAUGGUGUCUCCAAGCCUGAGGCUGUGUUCUUCCCAGUGAGUGACUGGCAUCCCCGAGACCAGCCUCAGAAGGAGGGGGACGUGGGCCCUGCCGUCCACCAUGUCUAUGAGCUCAUCAACCUGGGCCCCAGCACCAUCAGCCGGGGAGUGCUGGAGCUCAGCUGUCCCCAGGCCCAGGAAGGUCAGCCGUUCCUCUACGUGACCAAGGUCGCUGGAGUUAGCAACUGCACCAGCAGAUACCCACCUAACCCUGAGGGCCUGGAGCUGGAUCCCGAGGGUUCCCAACACCACCUGCAGAGAAGAGAGGCUCCAGGUAGGAGCCCUGCCUCCUCCGGGCCGCGGGUCCUGAAAUGCCCAGAGGCUGAAUGUUUCAGGCUGCGCUGUGAGGUUGGUCCACUGCUCCGGCAAGAGAGCCGAAGUCUACAGCUGCAUUUCCGAGUCUGGGCCAAGACCUUUCUGCAGAAGGAGCACCAAUCAUUCAGCCUGCAGUGUGAAGCUGUGUUUGAAGCCCUGAAAAUGCCCUAUCGAAUCCUACCCCAGCAACUACCCCAAAAGAAACUUCAGGUGGCCACAGCCGUGCAGUGGAUCAAGGCAGAAGGCAACAAUGGCGUCCCACUGUGGAUUAUUAUCCUCGCCAUCCUUUUCGGCCUCCUGCUCCUAGGUCUGCUCAUCUACGUCCUCUACAAGCUUGGAUUCUUCAAACGCUCCCUCCCAUAUGGCACGGCCAUGGAAAAAGCUCAGCUCAAGCCUCCAGCCACCUCUGAUGCCUGAGUCCUCCUGAUCCCAGAUUCCUGAUCCUGAAGAUCCAGUCCCCCACCCUCAGUCUGCUGAUGACAGGGAGGGGACUGGGCACUUUCUGAAGGUGCUGAGGGCCAGGGAGAAGCUCCUCUCCUUAGCCCAGAGACAUACUUGAAGGGCCAGAGCCGGGGGAGGGGGAUGAGAAGCUGGGGAUCCCCCCCCACCCCAUGCACUGUGAAGGACCCUCGUUUACACAUGCCCUCUCAUGGAUGGGGGAACUCAGAUCCAGGGACAGAGGCCCAGCCUCUCCACAGCCUUUGCAUUUUGGAGUUUCCUGAAAACAACUUGGAACCAUAACUAGGGAAUCCAGUCGUGGUUAUUGGGCCAGACAUGCCGUCAGGACUUCCUGUCCAGCCUCAGCCUGCAAAGAUACGUCAUUGAGAGAUGCCAAGGAAGCCCCAGCUAAAAAUCUGGGACCUGAGGAGUGAGACCUGGCAGCUGUGACAGCCCCACCCUGGUGGGCCAACAAGGAACACUAACCAUAGAAGGUGCCCUAGGACCAGCUCAGGACAGAUCCCAAAGGUCCAUGCUGGCCCAGAACCCAGCUCCAGGGGGGAAUCAGAACUCCACGGAGCCAGAUCCAGUUUGGGGCAUGGGGUUGAUCUGGAACCCAGACACAGACAUUGGCAACCUAACCCAGGCAGAUCCAGAACUGCAGUUGGGUCUGCUCCAGACCUGGGCCUAGAGGCCCAAUUCACCCUGACUUGGGAGAUGUCAGGAAUUGCCCAGGACCCUGAAGAGGCCAUGGUGGCAACAGAUCUGGAAGCUCAGCCUGGCCAGAUGCAGGCCCUGUCAGUCCCCAGAGAAAGGGGAGCUGGGCUCCUGAAGAUUUGGGUUCUGCCCACCAGCUGCACUGACGCUGCCCCUCCUCUCCCUACCCAGCCCUCCCCUCCCCUCUCCUCCCCUCAGCUCCUGACACCCGGACUUAUUUAAACUAUGUUGCAAGUGCAAUAAACCCAACCCACUGCCCCCACUACCAGAACUGCAA